AUGCGACUGUUCAAGUCGUUUUCGGGAGGUUACGACAAGGUCACGGCGAUUGAUUGGUCUCCCGACGGAAAGUGGAUCGUGGCCGCAAACAAGGAUUUAACGGCCAGGAUUUACUCCCUGGAUUCCCUCAAAAUGUACAAGCCGGUGCGACUGACUGGGCACAAGGAUGUGAUUAUAGGCGCGUUCUUCUAUGGAGGGGGCUCUGCCAUUAUGACUGGAGCUGGCCCAAACUUCAAACGGGCGGACGUGGCUCUGGGUUUAAGGGGGGUUCAGGGGGGACAGGAGGGGCUGGGGGAGGGACCCGGGGGGGCGGAAAAGGCGCUGCGGAUAUACACUGUGUCGAAAGACGGCGCGCUGUUCUCGUGGUUCUUCGACCCGCUGCACAAGGGCUGGCGGAGGCGGAAGGGGAAGGGGCGCAGGGCCAGCAGGGGGGACCAGGGGGAUAAGGGGGUAAAGGUUUAUAAGAGGUCUAAGGAGGGGGAAGGCGGGGAGGUGGUAGAUGAUGGCGGGGAGGAUGGGGAUGAUGAGGAGGGGAAUGAGGAUAAGGAGGAGGGGGAGGAUGAUGAGGAGGAAAAUGAGGAGGAGAAUGAGGGGAAGGAUGUGAAGAAAGGAGAGAAAGGGAAGACGAAGGAAGGGGAGGAAGACGAAGAGGAAGAGGAAGAGGAGGAGGAGGAGGAAGAAGAAGAGGAGGAAGAGGAAGAGGAGAAAGGGGCUGAGGUGGAGGAGGAUGGUGAAAUGGAGAAGGAAGCAGAGAAGGACGACGAGGAGGAAGAUGAGGAAGAGGAGGAGGAGGAUGAGGAGGAAGUGGAGGAGGAGGAGGGGGAUAAGGAGGGGAAUGAGGAGGAGGAGGGGGCAGAGGAGGAGGAGCAGCCAAGGAAGAGAACAAGGCUGGCGAAACAUUUCUUCAUGCUGCCCAAGGCGCGCCUCACCUCCUGCGACCUGCACAAGCCCACCAAUCUCCUCGUCGCCGGCUUCUCCUCGGGCAUCUUUGGGCUUUACCAGCUGCCCGAGUUCGCCACGCUGCACCUCAUGUCCAUCUCCCGCACCAAAAUCUCCUCCGUCUCGUUCAACGAGGCGGGGGACUGGGUGGCAGUGGGCUGUGCGCGCCUGGGGCAGCUGCUGGUAUGGGAGUGGCGAUCGGAAACCUACGUGAUGAAGGUUCAGGGUCAUUUCUAUGAUGUUAGCUGUGUUGCGUUCUCUCCGGACGGCACCCGUGUGGUAACCGGAUCGGACGACGCCAAGGUGAAGGUCUGGAGCCUCGCAUCGGGGUUCUGCUUUGUAACACUCGCCGAGCACACCGGCCCGGUUACCGCCGUGGCAUUCCUCCCGUCCGGCGGCGCGGGGUCGGCAGCGGCCGCGGCGGCGGGCGGCGCGGGCGGCGGCGGGGGCGGCGGGGCGGUGGUGAGCGCGUCGCUGGACGGCACGGUGCGGGCGUUCGACCUCUUGCGGUACCGGUGCUUCCGCACUCUCACCACGCCGCAGCCCGUGCAGUUUGCGUCUCUGGCUGUGCACCCGUCGGGCGAGGUGGUGUGUGCGGCGAGUCAGGAUGACUUCCAGGUGUACGUGUGGAGCAUGCGCACGGGCCGGCUGCUGGACGUGCUGUCAGGGCACGAGGGGCCGGUUCACAGCCUCUCUUUCUCUCCCACGCAGGAACUGUUAGCAUCAGCAGCGUGGGACAGCACGUGUCGGCUGUGGGACGUGUUUGAGGCCAAGGGUGGCACAGAGCCCCUCCCGCACUCGCACGAGGUGCUCGCCCUCGCCUUCCGCCCGGACGGCCGCCAGCUGGCGACCGCCACGCUGGACGGCCACAUCCACCUGUGGGACCCCCUCGAGGGCGAGCUGCAGGGUAGCAUCGAGGGGCGGCGAGAUUUGGUUGGUGGGGCGGCGGCGGCGGGCGGCAAGGGCAGCAAGGCCGCGCGGGGGGCGCUGCGGCUGGGGGAUAAGAGCUUUCGGAGUCUGUGUUACUCGGCGGAUGGGUGCUUUUUGCUGGCUGCUGGGACGAGCAGAUACGUUUGUCUGUAUGACGUGGCGGAGAUGGUGAGUGAGUGGUGCUGUGCGCUGCUGCUGCGGCGCUACCUGAUAACGAGCAACAAGUCUCUCUCAGGCGCCAUGGACUCGCUCAACCCGCACCGCAUGACGGACGCAGGCCCGCUCGACAUCCUCGAUAUAAGCGACUCUGAUUUGGACGACAACGACCUCGACGACUCGCACCGCCAGCGCCGCCACACGCUGCUUGGCUCCGACCUCCCCGGGGCGGCGAGAAACGGCAGCCAGCGCCGCCCGGAGAUCCGCGUGAAGGCAAUCCAAUUCUCGCCGACCGGGCAGUCCUGGGCGGCGGCGACAACUGAGGGGCUGGUGGUGUUUGGGUUGGAUGAAGGGGUGGUGUUUGACCCGUCAGAUUUAGACAUGGAUGUUACGCCUGCGGCUGUAACGGCUGCUACAGCCGCUGGGCUGCAUGCCAGGGCGAUACAGAUGGCGCUGCGGCUGAAUGAGACGAAGCUGCUACAGGAUGCAAUGAUGGCGGUGCCGCCCGAGCGGCUGGGUGCAACAGUGUCGGCGCUGCCGAGGAAGCGGCUGGGGAAGGUGGUUGCGGCCGUGGCAGCAAUGCUUGAGGGACGACCUGAGCUGGAAUAUGUGCUGCUGUGGUGCAAGGGAGCACUGACUCACAUGCUCACCUCCUCCCUCAUACUCACCUCCUCCCUCAUACUCACCUCCUCCCUCAUACUCACCUCCUCCCUCAUACUCACCUCCUCCCUCAUACUCACCUCCUCCCUCAUACUCACCUCCUCCCUCAUACUCACCUCCUCCCUCGUGCUCACCUCCUCCCUCGUGCUCACCUCCUCCCUCGCGCCGGCACUUGUCUUAUCUCCUGGCAAGGCAUGUAUGGAGUUGGUCCUGCAACACGGCAAGGCUCUCGCCCUGCCGCCUGGCACGCCGGGGCGGGCAGCGCUGCGGCCGCCCAUGCAAGCGCUGUCAAGGGCGCUGACUCAGAUGCACGAUGACCUGGCGCUCUCCGCCUCGUCCAAUCAGCACCUCCUGCAGUACCUCGACUCGCUGCCCGCUUCCCCCGUUGCCACCAUGACUACGUGA